GUGAAGAAGUACCACCGGCUGAAGGAGGAGGCCAGCAAACGCGCCGCCACCCUGGCCCAGGAGCUGGAGAAGUUCAACCGCGACCAGAAGGCCGAUCAGGACCGGCUGGACCUGGAGGAGAGGAAGAAAGUGGAGACUGAGGCCAAGAUCAAGCAGAAGCUGCGGGAGAUCGAGGAGAACCAGAAGCGCAUCGAGAAGCUGGAGGAGUACAUCGCCACCAGCAAGUGGGUCUGGGGGCACUGGGGGG